CACUAACUUCUAACCUACCCAUGUUUUUACACUUUUGCCGUUACAAAAACAGUAUCGGUAUUCUCGUGCGAUUUGCUAUUUUCAAUAUUUUAACGGCACAAUGAAUAUCAAGACUGAAUUAGAAGGAACUGCACAUCUUUUAGAUCAGUUGGAUAAAAAACUAAUGGUAUUAUUGAGGGAUGGUCGCACAUUAAUAGGCUAUUUGCGCAGCGUUGAUCAAUUCGCCAACUUAGUUCUACACAGAACCAUAGAAAGAAUUCAUGUUGGCAAAGAAUAUGGUGAUAUUCCAAGAGGAGUUUUUAUUGUCAGAGGAGAAAAUGUAGUACUAUUGGGUGAAAUUGAUGAGGAAAGAGAAGCAGGACUGCCUUUACAAGAAGUGUCUGUAGAUGACAUCCUGGAUGCACAAAGAAAAGAACAGGAACAGAAACAAGAACAACAAAAACUCCUCUCAAACGCGUUAAAAGAAAGAGGCCUGCAAAUGAUGCAAGACCUAACGCAUGACGAUUUGUUUUAGAAUAUAUAAGUUUAUAGAUUAUUUUCUGUUACAUAACUUAAAAAUACUGUAAUAUGAUCACCAUACUCUUGGAUCGGUACCGCGUCCGUUUGAUUGUUUUAUGUUACAAUAUACGCUCCAAGAAUUGAGAUAAUUCGCGCUUCGAUUAAAAGAUUUUCUAUAA